AUGGCGAUGCAAGCGUGGCCCGUGAGUGCCGUUGCGGGGCUGGGUGCAUUGGACACUGCAUAUCUCACCUAUGCAAAGAUCAAUCAAGUUCCGCUGGCGUGUCCGUCCAGCGGUUCGUGCACAGAGGUCUUGAAUUCCAGCUUUGCCUCGAUUGGCCCUGUGCCUUUAUCCCUCCUGGGAUUGCUGGCAUACCUUAGUGUGGUAGCACUGAGCUUUGCUUCUCAAGGUUCCAAGGAUUUGAGAGAGCUGAUGUGGUGGCUUUGCUUGACAAUGGCCUUGACAUCCCUAGGUCUUACUGCGAUUCUCAUUUUCAUCUUACAAGCACCAUGUCUCUACUGUGCUGCCUCAGCCUUUAUUACGGCCAUGCUCCUAGCACUUGUGGAGACCAAGCGUGCGCGCGACGAGGCAAAGGAACGAAAUGAAGUAAGGAACGACCCGUCGCUCCUCGCAGCUGAAGAAGGUGAACAUGCAGCUCCUGUGGACUCAACGCCUGAGACACCUGUGAUGGAGACAUCAGAGACCCAUGAGCCAGAACCACGACGAGUGGUCUUGGGCUUGUCAGGGGUGCUUGCAUUGGGUUCCUUACGUGCGGGUACCUUACCCAGCAGGGAGUUUGCCAGUGCAUGGGCAUACUUCAAUCUUGUAGAGCAGUACAAGCCAAACCAUCCCCCGGUGCGCAGCCCUUCUUCUAAGGCAGAGUUAGCGCUGGCCAGAUAUCUCCAGAAGAUUGGAGCUGCUUGCUACACAGCUUGGUGGUGUCCACAUUGUCAGGAGCAGCGAGAGUCCUUCGGCAAAGAGGCUGUGGAGGUGGCGCCUUUUGUGGAGUGCUCCUCGAUCAACCGAAGGCAGCUGCAGGUUUGCCGGGAUCAAGACAUCGAGAACUAUCCGACCUGGAUAAUCAACGGGGAGAAGUUUUUGGGUGGUCGCGACCUCUCUGAGCUGGUGGAGAUGAGUGGCUUCAAGGAAUAUCCUCCUGAAGCCUUCAAACCUCGAGAACCUUCAGAGGCCAAGCUGGGCCCUGUGAAGCCGCGGCGCUUGGUGUGCGCAGGUGGCAACUUGGGACGUAUGCGACACAUGCGACAGAGGUGCCAAGUCUUCGUUUUCUGUGAAGGUGAAGUGAAUGGCCAAAGAAGUGGCCUAGCAAAGUUCCGGGAGAUGCAGAUCAUGCAGGGCAAUGACUUGAAAGUGCCAGUGAUCAUUUUCCCAGCCGAAGAUUUGCUACUGCCGGGUCGGACGAAGCGAAUGCACCUGUUUGAGCCGCGUUGGGUGUCCUUGGUGGAUUUCUCCUUGAACGACUGUGGCGGAAUUUUCGGCAUGCUCUACUUCGAGGAGUCAGAUUUACUCCCGGUCAUUUCCCUGGUGGAGAUUCUGACCUGCAACAACCUCGAGAGCCAGGGCCGUGUAGUCGAAGUCCGAGCGGUCUCCCGGGCUCAGCUGAAAGGCUUGACGGAACAGGUGGCAAUGAGAGAGGAUUGGGGCUUGGCGCUGGUGGAGGAGAUCCCAGAGGUCUUUCAAGAAGAUCUCACUGUUGCGUCAACUCUUGCCGGAGAACUUUCCAGUCUUUGUGAAAAUUUGGACGUGUCUAUCAAGCCCAAGGAGAAUUCGGCCGAAGCGACUUCAGAGCCGGAAAAGGUGAGACCGGAGGCUCAGUUGUGGACCCACCAGCGUGAGCGGGGGAGUCUCGCGGAGCUCUCCAAGAAGUGGCAAGAGCUUUUGUCGAACCUGCAGCAACAGCUCCAAGGAGUUCCAGUUUGCACAGCACUUCCGCUACCCACCACAGAUGUUGCGAAGGCCAACCUCCAAGAGGCCAAAGAUUCAUUGGCCGUGCUUUACGCUUCACUAAGUCAGGCAUCUUUUGCUUUGCGUCGAGAGAUGUUUGUAAGCUCAGCAAGCUUGGAGAAGCGCUUGAAGGUUGUGACUGAGAAGAUCUCGGAACUUCAAGGAAUGGCACGCGCACGCCGGGCUCUUGCUGGGGUCUUUAAGACAGAGGAGUGA